ACAUGGCGGUGCUCCAGGCAGAGUUGUGUUGUUUGGACAGUUUUCCGUCCCGCCUCUGUCUCCUGGAUGUUUUGAUAAUUAAACCUCACCUGGAUUCGGUUUGGCAACGUGACACGGACACACCGACCGUCCUCUUCACCCCGCAGCGGGCUCAGGGUUGUCAUAGGAUGGGCAUUUUGCUUCGCCUUCACCCGACUACCGAGGCGGAGAUAUCGACCUGCGGUGGACGAAUCUCUCCCAGCGGAGAGUCUGACCGCCGCCUCCGGCUCUUUACCAGCAGGUACUUCCUUCAGCACCACCGGCUCAAAAGCUCCGGUACUGUCCGGCUUCUGGAUCCGGUCCGCCUGGACAGAGUGGUGCUGGGAGCCCGCAGCAGGCGGAGCCUCCGCUGGGCCGGAGCGGAGCAGUUCACCGGCGGACUGCUGGAGCUCUGCCGCUCCGGACAGCCGGUCCUGGCCCGGCAGGGAGACCCGCUGCUGCUGCCCCAACACCCGCUGUUUGGGGAGGACCAGCGACAGGUGCAGCAGCAGCUACUGGACCUCCUGGUGUUGGAGUGCAGUCCAGUCACACAGGGGAGGAUCACAGCCGGUACCUCUUUGGUUCUGACUGACAGCUGGAACUCAGUGGACCCCCCAGCCCCCCCUUUCCCCUGCAGAUCCCUCAGCCUCUGUGUGUCAGACUUUGCUCAUUAUGCCGACAGCCUUGGUGGGACCCGAUCUCUGCUUGACGCUAAAAGGCUUCUGGGUCCAAGUGUGCUGGACGCCCUGCAGGUUCUGGAGUGCAGGAUGGAUGUCUGUGUGGUGGACGCUCAGCGGUGGCACGGUGUCAAAGGUCAACGGGGAGCGGGGGUGGAUGUGGACAGUUGUGUGUUUGUGAGCAAACAGCAUCUUCUGAGGCUCGGGGUGUUCAAUCACGAGUGGGUGACGUUGUCAAGGCCAGGAGGGUCCUCCAGGGCACCCACGGGGGGGCUUGACGUCAGGGCGUGCAUCUGCAGGGAGCGGCUGGUCUCUGUGGUGGUGGUGGAUCUCGCUCUCAGCCCAGAACUACAGAUCCACAAUGAUGUGGGCUUUAUAUCAGCACCUCUGUGGUUCAACAUUACUGAAGGAGAAAUGAUUCCACUGAAGACGUUCACGCUGAGGAUGAAGAGGUGGAAACCGUCUUCAGAACCCGACGUUCUUCGUUCAGACAGUUUCUGCCGCUCGGCUUCUCCACCGUUCGCCAGCGAGCUUCACAUUCAGCCAGUCGUUUCUCCGCUGCACAACAACCUCUGCUGCUACGACAACCUGCUGGCUGAACAUUUCAGCACACCAAGAGUGGUUUCACAGGGAGACAUCCUGACUGUACCAGCUGAACUCCAUCCAGACCUGCUUGAAAACAAUUCUGAGGGGAUCUGCAGGUGCCCGGUGUUGUACUUCAAAGUACAGAAAGUGUGUCCAUCUGCUGCAGAGAGAGAAGUAGCAGCUCAUCUGGCUGAUCGAACACACACCUCUCUUUACUUGGGAGCGUCGACCAACAGCCCUGUGCCAUUCUGUGUGGAUGAAGGGUCUCUGUGGAGCAGCCUGUCUCCUGCAGGCCUCAACAAGACGGUGGACCUCAUCAGCAGCAGCAUCCUGCCUCACCUGCAGCACAGGUUUCUGUCUGGUUGUACGGUCCUCCUCCAUGGUCCUGCAGGCAGUGGGAAGACGACUGUGGUCGGAGCGGCGUGUCGCAGACUGAACCUCCACCUGCUGAAGGUGGACUGUGUGACCAUGUGUGCAGACACCCCUGCAGCCUCGGAGGCGAAGCUGAAGUCGGUGUUCCAGCGAGCAGACGCUCUUCAGCCCUGCGUCCUGCUGCUCAGAAACUUGCAGCUUCUGCUCCGAGCUCGAGGGCCUCCUGAAGACAACGGCAGGGUCCAGGCGAUGCUCUGCCAGCUGCUCAGCAGUGUUCCCACCAAUGUGGUCGUUGUGGCGACGGUUUGCAGAGCUCAGGAUCUCUCAGCUGGUGUCAUGGGGGCAUUUAUCCACCAGGUAGAGCUGGAAUGUCCCACAGAAGAGCAGCGGUGCUCCAUGUUGGUCAGCCUGAGUCAGGACCUUCAUCUGGGCAGAGACGUCAACCUGGAGAGACUCUCCAAACUCACCGCAGGCUUUGUGUUGGGGGAUCUGAGUGUUCUGUUAGCUGAAGCUGGAAGAUCUGCCUGCAGGAGAUUGAUUAGCACCUGUGGUGGCCAGCGCCAGGAGGACCUGUGUUCCAGUGGAGUGACCAUCAUGAACCAAGACUUCACCUGUGCCCUGGAGACCCUGCAAGACGCCCAUUCCAAAGCCAUCGGAGCCCCCAAGAUCCCUAGCGUGCGCUGGGAGGACGUGGGCGGUUUAGAGAGCGUAAAGAAAGAGAUCCUGGACACGAUUCAGCUUCCUCUGCAGCGUCCUGAGCUCUUGUCUUUGUGUCUGAACCGGACUGGAGUCCUGCUAUAUGGACCACCGGGGACAGGAAAGACUCUGUUGGCUAAAGCUGUGGCCACCGAGUGCUCCAUGACCUUCCUCAGUGUCAAAGGUCCAGAGCUCAUCAACAUGUAUGUGGGUCAAAGUGAAGAAAACAUCAGAGAAGUGUUCCACAGAGCGCGCUCAGCAGCUCCAUGUGUUGUCUUCUUCGAUGAACUGGACUCUCUGGCCCCAAACAGGGGACGCAGUGGAGACUCUGGAGGAGUGAUGGACAGAGUGGUGUCCCAGCUGCUGGCUGAGCUCGACACGCUGCACUCGUCUGCCGCGGUUUUUGUGAUCGGAGCCACAAACCGUCCUGACCUGCUGGACCAGUCACUGCUCAGGCCGGGCAGGUUCGAUAAGCUGGUCUACGUUGGAAUCAGCGAAGAUCAGGUCUCCCAGCUGCAGGUUCUCCAGGCCAUCCUCAGAAAGUUCCAGUUGGACCCUGCUGUGAAACUGCAGGAUGUGGUGAACCGCUGCCCCGGUCACAUGACCGGCGCUGAUCUGUACGCUCUCUGCUCAGACGCCAUGACGGCCGCCAUCAAGAGGAAGAUCCGUUUCAUUAACGAUGGUCUGGAUUCAGAGGACUCCCCUGUCUUCCUGUCCAUGGAGGAUUUUUCUUCAGCACUGGAACAUUUCAAACCAUCUGUUUCUGACAAGGAGCUGCUGCGGUACCAAAGCAUUCAUCGGCAACUUUCUGCAAAAUAGAAACUGCUGUUUAUCAUCAUGGUCCAAGCAGAGCCUCUCAGCAGAACGGCUAGAAAAGAUAAAAGCAGGCGUCAGAAGUGAUUUAUAUCUGUAACAGAAUCAAGUGCAAUCUACCUCUGAAGAAUCUUUAAAAAGUGAAUUAUCACAGCUUAUAACAUGUAA